AUUUGUUAUUAUUGUUUCAAAAUAUUAUUAUUAUUAUUGAUAAAAAUAGAAAAAAAAAACACUAAACAUCAUUAAACAUAACCUUGUUUUGUCCAAGUUUGUGUAAUAGAAAAAAUAUGUUUUAACACGAACAAUUGUCAGAAUAUUACCAAAUGAAUGUGUUAAAAAAUUGACAUAUUAAUUUAUUAAAAGAUAUUAUUAAAAUUUAAUUUUAUUGUGUAUUUAAUCUAUUGUAUCAAGAUGAAAUUGUUGGUCAAAAUAUUACAAGGGAGCGAGUGUACUGUCGACAUAUCACCGUCAGAGACUGUCUUAGAAUUGAAAAAUAAAGUUCAUGAACUUUUGGGUGUUGAGGUACCACAACAAAAAUUACUUUUAACUGGAAAAGCUUUGGCAGAUGAAAAUCUUUUGAGUUUUUAUCCAGGUAUUAAAGAUGGUAGUAAAUUAAAUUUGGUGGUUAAAAAAUUAUCACAAGAAUCAAAUGAAAAUAAACAACAAGUUGGAAAAUCUGGUAUCGUACUUCUCAAAGAAUCAGUAUCAAAAAUUUUAAAACAUUACUACAGUGAAUCAGAAACAGAAUCAAUAACAAAUGAGAUGAUUAAAGGCUUAAAAAAUAAAGUUAAUCAUCUUAGUUUUGAUGAUCUUGAAAGAUUAGCAACUACAUUAAUUCAAGAUCAAGAAACGGCUGUUUGAUUAUUCAAUAUUAGAUAAAUAUAUAUUUCUUUUUUUUUUUUUUUUUAUCUUUAAUUUCUUAACAAUAAUUCAAUUGAUGUAAUAUGAUUUCUCUUAUUUAAUACAAAUAGCUAAUAAUUAUGUUUGAUUGUCAAUUAUAUGCGUACACAACUUUUAAGCAUGAAAAAAAAAAAGAAAAAUAAAUAACUGCAAUCGUAUUAAAUUUAAGAAACAAAAAAAAAAAAAAAAAAA